CCAGCUUACCCUUACCCUCCUCUUCCCGUCCCCACCGUCAGGCCUCAGAGCUCUACCAAAGGCUGCACGUUGACGCAGAUCGAGACCGCAUACACUAACCGGCAACCGGCUUCGGUCUGGUGGGCCUUCAGAGUGAAGAUGAAAGAUGGCGACCAUCGAUCAUUCCAAAACAACAAACAUCUCAAAUCCAACCACUCGUCAAAACCUAUGUGAUUCAGAUUCUCACCUUGCCGACCAUACCUAGCGAAUAAGCAUUGCCACCGCACCAGAUAAGUCCUUGACACGAACAUGGCACCUCAAGCUGGCAUUCUCUAUGUAACGAUGGCCCCCCAGGCAUCACUGCCUGCAGCUCAAUUCCACGAUUGGUACGACAACGAACAUGGUCCCCUUCGAUUGCGCCUUCCCUACAUCACGAAUGGCUUCCGCUAUCGUGCCAAUGACAUGGAUGGGAAAGACCCGACAAAGGAGCCGGAAUGGAUGGCUGCAUACGACGUGACAGACAUGAAUGAGAUGACCAAGGAACAGUAUACGAGGCUUCGCCGGGAACCAAUACAGACACAACGAGAGCGGGAUACAAUGAAGCAGAUCAAGGUGGACAGGAAAUUUUACGAUCUUGUACUUGUCCGUACAUCAUCAAAUUUUGAAGAUAUAGAACAAAUUGGUGCACAAACGAAGGACGUAGCGAGCGUGCUUGUUGCGCGUAUAUUCACCCUAAAAGAAGGAGCAAAGGACAAAGAAGAAGAGUUCCUGAAGUGGUACGACGAGGAGCAUUUGCCCAUGCUGGAGAAGGUUCCCGGUUGGCGUCGUGGACGUGUUUACAAGUCCAGCUCGAUCGAGCCCGUCAAUGAGGUGCAAUAUCUUGCUCUGCACAACUAUCUACCGGAGAAUGGCUUGGGAGGAGAGGAAUUCCAAGCCGCCAUAUCAACACCAUGGAAGAAAGACAUCGUCGCGAAUGUGAUUGAUGACAGGUCAAGGCGUACAUUUGACUUGUACUACACAUUCGGUCCAGCUCCACGAGAUCUCGCAGCGCCAGCUUCCUUAGACGCGCUUGCGUCUUGGAACUACUCAGACGGCGUGACCAAAACAUACAAGGAGAAAGAGCGUGCAAUCGUGGAGUCGUAUGUCACAACUGCUGAUGGUGCGGUACUUCCCUAUCGUCUUGAGGGCUCUACGAACCCAGAAGCUCCUCUGAUCAUUCUCUGCAACUCCGUGCUGGUGACAUGGGGCAUAUGGGAUGCAUUCGUUGAACACUUCUUAUCCGACCCCAAAAACCAACACUUCCGUAUCCUGCGCUACAACUCACGUGGCCGCACCGCAAACACCGGCUCCCAGAACAUCACUCUCGAUGUGCUCGCAGCCGACAUAAUCACCAUUCUCGACGCUCUGCGCGUCCCGAAAGCCGCUAGUCUUUUCGGCGUUAGCCUCGGCGGCGCAACAGUUCUCAACGCCGCUCUCAAGUAUCCGUCUCGCGUUGGCUCGUUCAUCUCCUGCGAUACUAACUCCAAGUCGCCCGCAGGCAACAGCACAGCUUGGGCCGAACGCAUCGAUAUCGCAGAGAAACAGGGCAUCAAAGCGCAGUCUGGCGAGCCGUUGGUCGGCUCCGAGCUCGCCGAGAAGACGGUGCGUCGCUGGUUCGUCCCCGAGUCGUAUGAUGGCGGCGUUAGCGAGAAAGAGAUCCAGCGCGUCAAGGACAUGGUAGCAAGCAACAGCCUAGAUGGCUUCAAGAAGGGCGUCAGAGCACUGUUCGACUACGACGUGGAAGGUCUCAUGCGAUCCUCCAAGGUAAAGGGUGCAUUUGUCGUCGGCGCGGGAGAUGGUGUGCUGCCGAAAACGAUGGCGGAGAUGGCGAAGAACUACGGAGACGGUGUUCAUUUGGCGGUCAUCGAUGGUGCGGGACAUUUGCCUAUGGUUGAGAAACCGAGGGAAUUUGCAGACGUGGUGGAGAGAUUUAUGGCUGGCUAGGAUGUGCGCAGGACUCGGAGUUAAAGCGAGCGCACAUGUGUAUGUAUGUACGCUAUACGCAAUACACUUCUAUCACGUAAUCACUGGGUGUUUGCAUCAUAAUCAAACACUCCCAAAACGUCAGCAAAGCUUCCCUGAAUGGUUCCAUUAGCACUAGACUUCUUCCAGUCACUUGCACUGUCUCAUAGACGCCGUUCUGACCUAGUUAUAUGUAUCAUGAUACAGCAGUC